AUGGCUGAUCCGGUGGCCCCUCCGCCUCCAGGCUCCAGGGCCAUCAAGAUACCUCUAUACAGCAAGAACCUCACGGGAUAUUCCACACCGCGCCGCAGCAAACGCUAUGUCAAGAGUGCCGAACGAGCCGACACCUCCGAUGCUGGCCCAUCGUCGCUCAGUUCUGACCAGGAGUCGGCCUGGUCAUACAGCCCGGUCUCUAAACUCUCUCAAGACCACUUGCAGACCGUGGCUUAUCCGUCAACGCAAGACAGCCGGUUCGAUACCUUGUCGACACCUUCGGGGGACACGAACACAUCGCAACGAAAGGACAAGCACAAGGCUGACGUCGCUCCGCCCAGCACCAUGCCUGUACUGUCUGGCCAGGCUUCGUCACCCCUCGGCCCUUCGAUGCUGUCAUCCAGCUCCUACAAGUCUAUCAAUCUCAACUCCCGCUUUGACGAUCCUGACGAGCCCCCUCGCCUGAUCACCUACACCAAGCACAGUCAAGGGUUUACAUGGAACGAUGAGUUAUUCCUCCCAAGUUACAUGCUCGGGCGUUACGGGGAGCGCGGCAGGAAGAAGCAAUACGACGGAGACUUUGGCGAUGAAGAGCACUGCCCGGUUGCCGAGAUAUUCGUCACGGACGAGGAAGCCGAGGCCAUGAUGCCAUGA